AUCUAUAAAAGGAAGCCCAUCAGGCCAUCACUGCACGUGCAUCCCAUGCUUUGCCUCGUGGCCAAGUGCCACCCCAGCUGCUUGGCUCCGCCUCCGACAACUGUGCUCCCAGCAAUCAUUUCAAAUUGAUUGAUUUUAAAACCAUCGAUUCAUUUUCUCUCUCAAUUUAUUCACAUUCCCAAAUCACAAAUGUUUGCAAAUUGUUAUGGCCAUUCUUAGCUCUCUCUCUUUUCUCUCUUCCUCUCCUUUCUCUCCUCUGUUCCAUCGUUCAUCAUCUCCACUCUCUUCCUUUCCUUUCAGUCUGUUCUUCAAACCCAAAACUCCGAGGACCCAAUCUCUUAGCCUUCGCUUUCGUAACGACGCCGUUUCCUCCGCUUUCUCCGGCGUCGAAGUCGGUGAGGACUUACCGCUUGAUUACGGUGAUUGGCUUCCCAAGUCCGAUCCAAACCAGCGGAGAAGAGCCGGUAUUUUGCUCCACCCGACGUCGUUUCGUGGACCCUAUGGCAUUGGCGAUCUUGGCGAAGAAGCUUUUCGCUUCAUUGACUGGCUACAUUUAGCUGGCUGCUCUGUUUGGCAGGUGCUUCCCCUUGUUCCUCCUGAUGAAGGAGGAUCACCAUAUGCAGGCCAGGAUGCAAAUUGUGGUAACACUUUCUUGAUUUCACUUGAAGAGCUUGUUAAAGAUGGUUUGCUUACGAGGGAAGAGCUUCCACAACCAAUUGAUUCUGACCGUGUUUGCUAUUCUACUGUUGCUAACUUGAAGGAUCCUAUGAUAAGUAAGGCUGCAGAAAGGCUCCUCUUGUCUGAUGGAGAACUUAAAAAUCAGCUUGAGGCUUUCCAUAGAGAUCCUAUCAUAUCAAGCUGGCUUGAAGAUUCAGCUUAUUUCGCUGCUAUCAAUGACAGUUUAAAAACAUUCAGUUGGUAUGACUGGCCUGAACCUUUGAAAAAUCGCCAUCUUGCAGCCUUGGAAACCAUAUACCAGGAAAAAAAGGAUUUUAUAAAUUUGUUUAUUGCUAAACAAUUCAUAUUCCAAAGACAGUGGCAAAAAGUUCGCAACUAUGCACGAAUGAAGGGAGUCAGCAUAAUGGGAGACAUGCCCAUUUAUGUAGGUUAUCACAGUGCUGAUGUUUGGGCUAAUAAGAAACAUUUUUUGCUGAAUAGGCAUGGUUUUCCUAGGCUUGUCAGCGGUGUUCCUCCCGAUGCCUUCAGUGAUACUGGUCAGCUAUGGGGGAGCCCUCUAUAUGAUUGGAAAGCCAUGGAGAAAGAUGGAUUUUUAUGGUGGAUACGUCGCAUUAGACGUGCACAGAAUCUUUAUGAUGAAUUCAGGAUAGACCACUUUAGAGGAUUUGCUGGCUUUUGGGCUGUCCCUUCUGAAGCGAAAGUUGCCAUGGUUGGACGAUGGAAGGUUGGUCCACAUAAAUCCUUAUUCGAUGUGAUCUCCACAAUAGUUGGAAAGAUUGAUAUCAUAGCAGAAGAUCUGGGAGUUAUAACUGAGGAUGUAACUCAGCUUAGAAAAUCUAUUGGAGCACCUGGAAUGGCUGUUCUCCAGUUUGGUUUCGGCAGUGACUCUAGCAACCCUCAUUUGCCUCACAAUCAUGAGCACAAUCAAGUUGUAUACACUGGAACACAUGAUAAUGACACGAUCCAAGGUUGGUGGAGCAAUUUGUUGGAACAAGAGAAGUCCAAUGUAUUGAAGUACCUUCAUAUCACCGAAGAAGAUGAGAUCUCAUGGGCACUGAUCGGAGCUGCACUUUCCUCAGUAGCUCAAACUGCAGUAAUAACCAUGCAGGAUAUUCUUGGGCUAGGGAGUUCUGCCAGGAUGAACAUUCCUGCAACAGAGAUUGGGAACUGGAGUUGGAGGAUACUUAAUUCCAUGAGUUUUGAUUGCUUAGAGAGAGAAGCAUUAAAAUUAAGAGAUAUGCUUUCCAUGUAUGGGCGAAUGUAGUCGAGGUAAGCUGAGAUCUUUCUUUCCUCAGUCAUUACCAUGUGUCGAAAAACAAUCUGUCUAGCUUUCCAUAAGUUUUUUCCUGAUGAUUGAGGUUUUAGAGUUAAAUUUAAUAAAAAGGUUGAACUGUCCUUUAAUAUCUCUAGCUCGUCAUUAAUUUCUUGUUUCUAGUUACUGUUGAUUGUCACUCAUGGUAAAGAAGUCAGUCACUAGCUUCAUGGAGGGGACCUGAAACUCAAACCCCCUCUUCAAACCCUUUUUCUUUCAGCUUAAACUCAUAACCUAAUGCUGGACAUUAUGAGCUUGAAUCCUUCUGUGAUUGUUCAAGCUUCUGAGUAGUUGAAAUUUUAAACAUCAACCACUAGAAAAGCUGUGAAUGGUAGCAUUCUUGUUCAUAACAAUGCAAGUGUUACAAAUGUGCUUAAGUUUGCAAAGUCAUGGAAAUUAUUUGUGCAAUUGCCAAUCUUUUUAAUUACAAAGGUUGAAAAAACAAAACAAGGCACCAAAUGAUGAUAAAUAAAUAAUUCUGUGAAAUACCAAUGUACCUAGGCAGCAUAAACUUCUUUGGCCUCAUGUUGUAGUACUUUAGUUAAUGUGAUGAACAAGUUGCGGAAUCAAAGAUGAGAAUUCAUUUUAUAAGAAACAGAAACUGCCUGUUUAUUUUCAUUCCAGUUGAAACUACAAAUUGGAGUUUAAGUUUAGCAAUAGCAAAUUUAAUUUAAUCAUUAUUAAUUCAAACAAUUGCAAUUGUAUUGUCAUUUUAAUCUUCUCAUAGCUUCUAUCCCAUUCAAACAGAUCCUAACCAGAGUAAAGCCA